CCACAGCGAUGAAGCUCCACACCGCAGCAAUCCUGCUCCUCUUCUGGCUUGCCAUCUUCACUGUGCACACAGUCAAAGGAAGUGCUAGUAGUCAGUCCAUGCAAAAAUUCAGUUGCGCAGUUUUAUCUCCAAAGCGGUUGAACAUCCGAAAUCUUGUGAGCUAUGAAAAGAAACAAGUACCAACAGAAGCCAUCAUGUUUAUCACUGCAGGAGGCAUCAAGAUCUGUGUAAGAGCUAAUCAGAAAUGGGUGGAGACUGCUACAAAGAUAAUAGAUGGAAGACGUGCAGCCAAACGCAAAUAAUCCAAGCAUCCAAGGCCAGACAGCUGACAUCAUCAACA